AUGGCCCUAAGGUGGGGCCUCCUGGGGGCCCUCUCGGGCUCCAGCAGCUGUGCCCUGUGGGCCUGGGUGCAGCGGCGGCGCAGCGAGGCCCUCCUGGAGGCCUUCCACAGUGCAGCUGAGGGGCCCCCGGGGGCCCCCCUGGGGGCCCCCCUGGGGGGCCCCCUGGGGGGCCCCCGCUGGGGGCCCCCCAAGCAAACCCCCCACUGUUCUACGCUGACGGAGCUGCAGCUGCUGACGAACCGGGUGGUUGUUGCUGUGGCAAAAGCUGUCUGCAGCGCAGCAGCAGCAGCAGCAGCAGCAGCAGCAGCAGCACAGGAGGGGACCCGCAGCAGCAGCAGGGACACGGGAGGCUGCAGUUUGCUGUCGCUGGGGCAGCAGCAGCUACGGCAGCAGCAGCAGCAGCAGCAGCAAAAGAGCGCAAUGUCUCUCUUCUGCGGCCUCACAACCACCUGCAGCAGCGGCAGCAGCAGCCAACAGCAGCAGCAGCUGGGGGGCCCCUCAGGGGCCCCUCGCAACAAGAUGAAGAGGGCCUCGCAAGGCACGCAGUGGGGCGGUGAAACACGGGUAGCAGCAGCAACAGCAGCAGCAGCAGCAGCAACAGCAGCAGCAGCAGCAGCAGCAGCAGCAGCAGCAGCAGCAGAAUCGUCAGACGAUGAGCCCGAGAUAGUUGGCGUGUCUUUAACAGCAGCUUGCCUACAGCGCCCCCAAACGCCGCAGCUGCUCAAGACUGCAGCUGCUGCAGCGUUUGCCUCUGCUGCUGCUGCUUCUGCUGCUGCUGCCGCUUCGCCUCAGCAGCAGCAGCAGCAGCAGCAGCAGCGGCUGGUGCAGCAAGGCGCAGCAAAUGCGUUGCAGGCAGCAAGUGUUGAUGAGAGACCCCACAAAAGCGAAGCAGCGUGUUCGCAGCCAGCAGCAGCAGCAGCAGCAGCAGCAACAGCAGUAACAGCACCACUAUCGACACCAACGGCAGCAGCAGCUGCAGCAGCAACAGCAGCAGCAACAGCAGCAGUUCAGUUCGCGUUGCAUUCAGCCACCAGCAUCGACGCAAACAUGCCAAAGAGACGGAAGGGAGAACAGCAGCAGCAGCAGCAGCAGCAGCAGCAGCAGCAGCAGGUCUCACUGAGUGCUCACACUGUUUCACCAACAGUAAGAGAACCAGCAUCAGAGCCGCACGCUGCUCUUGCUGCUGCUGCUCCUGCUGCUGCUGCUGCUGCUGCACUCACCUCAGCAGCAGCUGGAAAAGAAGAAGCAGCUGCUCCGUCCCUGCUGGCGUCAGCAGCAGCAACGGCAGAACCUCCAGCAGCAGCAGCAGCAGCAGCAGCAACAGCAGCAGAACCCCCAGCAGCAGCAGCAGCAACAGCAGCAGCAGCAGCAGCAGCAGCGCCCAGUCUGACUGCAGUGGUGGUGAAGGGCUUGAGAGAACUGGCUGAGGUGUAUGAACAGCAGGGAGAAACAUGGAGGGCCAGCGGCUUCCGCAGAGCUGCUGCUGUUGUUGCUGCUGCAUGCGGGCUCUCUGCUGCUGCUGCACUGAAGCAGGGACUGACGCGCAGCAACCUCCACCUGCUUCGGGGCCUCCCCGGAGUGGGCCCUUCUGUCUUUGCAACAAUUCAGGAAAUUGCUGCUAGAGGCAGCAGCAGCAGAAUGGCGCUGCUGCAGCAAGACCCAGCAGCAGCAGCAGCGCAGCAGCAGCUGCAGCUCAUUUUCGGCGUGGGCCCCAAGACUGCCAGGCUGCUGCACGCCAAGGGGCACACGCUCCACUCCCUCAGGCAGCAGCAGCAGCAGCUGCAGCAGCUGCAGCAGCAGCUGCAGCAGCUGCAGCAGCUGCAGCAGCUGCAGCAGACGAAGGCUGCCGGCGCUUUCAGCGGCAAGCCCGAGCCCCUGGGGCCCCUGGCCAAAUUUGCUGCUGCUUCCUCGACGUCUGCAGCAGCAGCGGCAGCAGCCGGAGAAGAAGCCGCUGUUGCUGCUGUUGCUGCUGCUGCUGCUGCUGCUGCUGCUGCCUUUCCCCUCCGCGGCGAGCAAGCUGUGGGGCUGCGCUACGCUGAGGCCCUUAACUUGAAAAUCCCUCGAGCUGAAGUGGCAGCAAUUGCUGCCUUCCUGCAGCGGCUGCUGCUCCAUAGCCCCUGCAGCAGCAGCAGCAGCAGCAGCAGCAGCGGCAGCAACUGCAGCAGCAGCAGCGGCAGCGGCGUCAGCAACUGCAGCAGCAACGGCGGAGAUGCAAGCACUGGCUGCCUUUGCUGCCGUUGCUGUGGAACCUCAUGCGCCAGCUACUUCAGCGGCAGCAGCAGCAGCAGCAGCAGCAGCAGCAGCAGCAGCAGCAGGCCUGAGUUUUUGCUGGAGAUAAUGGAAGUGAUUUGCUGCGGCAGCUACAGAAGAGGCCGCAGCGAAUGCGGAGAUAUAGAUAUGCUGCUGAUUAAAGGAGACAGCUGCAAAGACCCUAAAAUCAUAUUCAAAGUGGUUGAGCUGCUGCGGCGGCAUGGCCUCAUUGUGCAAGACCUGCAGUACAAAAAGAUGCACAAGGAGGGCUCCUCAGCGAGCGACGCAGCAGCAGCAGCUGCAGCAGCAGACACAGCAGCAGCAGCAGCAGCAGCCGCAGCAAGUGACACCGACGAAGGCUCAGACAGUAGCGUUGGGGAUCCUCCGAUGCCCUCUGCUGCUGCUGCUGCUGCUGCUGCUGCUGCUGCUCCCCGUGUCAUUCCUCUCACAGGCAAGCUGAAAGGAACGUGUGAGGGCUACUUUGGCUUCUGCUGCUGGCCGCCUUGGCCCAGCAGCAGCAGCAGCAGCAGCAGCAGCGGGAGCUUUGGGGGGCCCCCGCGGUGCGCUGCAGCAGCAGCAGGCCUGGCGUUCUGCAGCGCAGCAGCAGCAGGCUGCCCCUGCUGCGCCCGCGCCUGGCAGGGGCCCCUCAGCCCCCGCAGAAUUGACUUAAAAACUUAUCCUGAAAGCAUGAGGGGCCCCUCUUUGCUUUACUUCACUGGCAGUUCUGUCUUCAACAGAAGCUGCCGCUGCUGGGCCAAAAAACAGGGCUUUUCCCUCGACGACAGGGGCCUCUACGUCCUCCAGGGGGGCCCCCGGGGGGCCCCCCCGGGGGCCCCCCACGGGGCCUCCAUAGGGGCCCCCGUAGGGGCCCCCGGGGGGGCCCCCGGGGGGGCCCCCCCGGGGGCCUCCCCAGGGGCCGCCGCGGGGGGCCCCCAGGGGGCCCCCUUGGGGGCCCUCCGAGGGGGGCCCCUGGGGGGCCCCCGGGGGCAGGGGGGCCUCCUGGGGGCCCCCCUUGUGGAGGGUUUAGUACCCUGUGCUGCAGAAGAGGAUAUACUGGAAGUCUUGGGUCUGUACCCUGCGAAGCCCCACGAAAGGGAGGGCCCCGCGCAGCCAAAGGCCUUUUUGCUGCUGCGGGGGGCCCCCUAG